CGUAAAAAUACAUUAGCCUUUGCUUAUGAAGUUAUCCAAAAAGCAUUUUUCAGUGGACGAUUACUGCCUUCUCCUAAAGAAAAAGAAUAUCACUAUUCAUUUCUUAUCUGCAUGGUCUUCCUUCAUUUUACGGGAACAAUUUACAGGUAUCUGUUCAGGAGAUUCUUCAAAAAGCUGUUCGCGCUACGCUUUUACUGUAUCUGGCUGCAAAAUGAAGAUAAUCAUUCUGCUGUUUACCUGCGUGGAUUUCCUUUAUUCGUUGGAAUUAAAUGCAGCGUAUAAAUCAAGUGGAGAAAAUAGAAAUGGUAAUCAUGAUGAGAAACUAUCAUCUGAGUCUAUCGCAAUUCCAGAACGCAGCCGUGUUUAUGUGCAAAUGGCAGGUGACCAUGUUUUUACUGGAAAUCUUCAAUACAUAUAUAAAAGUCCAAUUCCUAUAUGGGUUCUAAGACCAAAUCAUGCACAUCAUCCAGUUAACUUAAUGGACAACGUAUUUAUACAAAUGCCUAAUGGCGAGGGUUUGACUGCAAGUGUCCACUCUCUGACGGAAAGAGUCAAGAAUAGCAAGAAUAAUGAAAACUCCUGCUUUGUAAGAAUAAGGAACCACUCUCUUUUGGUAGCAUUUCUUGAGCCUUACCAUCAUGACCCUGCUGAAAAUUAUGAAAAUCCGAUCGUUUAUGUACGAAUGCCAGAAGAAGAUGACACUGUUUAUUCGGGAGAACUACAUUAUGGUGACGGAUAUCUCCCUAGCUGGUUUAACUGGGAUGAUUAAUUUUUUAAAUAAUUGUGACCCUCCUGAUUAAUAAAAAAAUAUGAUUUUUAUAAUCUCAUAUGUUAGAAUUAGAAACAAAUAGAUUAACA